AUGUCAAGUGACACAGAAUCAAAUGAAAAGAAGAAGCAGAAGCAGAAGCAGAAAGUGGGACAGAAGAAGAGGAAGAGAAAACAGGAGGUUGCAGGCGAAAGCGUGGGAAGAAAAUCAUCUCGCAAACGGAAGCACAAGACAUCGGCACCCUCUGAGGAACGUGAAUCUCCGCACUCAGAUGCAGCUAUGAAUCAAGACUCGACUACCAUCCUGACUCCCGAAAGCCCUGUUUCUGCCUCCGAUACAAGUAAUAAGCUUACUGAUAGAGCGAUUGAACAGUACAGAUUGGAGCAGUCUACCCAGGAGGAAUUCGACCACGCCACGAUAGAGAAUUCAGAUCGCAAAUAUGCACAAAAGCUCCAGGAAUGUAAGCAAAAACAUUUCGCCGAUCUGGCAGGGCUCAAAUGCGCUCUUGAAAAAGACCUUCGAAAUCUUGAGGAAGAGCACGGGGCCGAGAUCACAGAGCUCGUGAACAUUUCGGACGAAAACCGUCGAAAGCUUACGGAGAAAUACAAGACCACAGCUUGGAGAGAUGCCGGCACUCAGACGGAGUGGCUCAAUGUGGUCGCUAGUACUUGUCAUCCAUAG